AGUGUUUGUUUGGGCCUCAUUUGGCUCCUUACCCAAACUUCAGCGAACGACAUGCCGUAGAAAUUUUAUAUAUGCUCUCUCUCUCUCUCUCUCUGCUAUCUUCAACCGGUUUUCCCUUUCUUCUUCGACGGCUUGGCUGAUUGAAAUAGUUCGUUUGGCUGCCGAGAAAAUUCGGGAAAGAAAAAAAAAAAACCGAAAACCCAGUAAUAAGAAAACCCUAGAUUACGUAUCCUCUUGUAGAGAAACUGCAAAAAUACCCAUUUGUAGCUGAGCAAGAAAUUCUGGUGGAAAUGACGAGCUAUGUAUGGAGGAAAUAUGCAGACUAUAUAUACACAAAGUGGGAAAGAAUGAUUCUUUGGACCAUGGUUGAGCCUUACAGCAGACCCAAAUCGUUUACACCCUUGGUCACUAUCUAUGUAGCCGCUUUCUACACUGGGAUCGUUGGCUCUGCUAUCACUGAGCAGCUAUACAAGGAGAAAUACUGGGAGGAUCAUCCUGGCCAGGCAGUGCCUCUUAUGAAGCCAAAGUUUUAUGGAGGGCCGUGGAGGGUACAGCAAGGAGAGGUCCCAGCCAGUCAGUGACUGCCCUAGAAGAGUUGCAGAAAUUGUUUCAAGAGUUUCUACCAUUCUAUGCGUUGUAUUGGUUGAUGAAUGUCAAAGGUUUAUUAUGCCAAGAAGAAUUUGCUAUUCCAUGAAGAACAAAAAUGUAGAAAAAUCCUUCAUACAUAAUAAGAGAACUUGUCAAACUUCUCUUUGUAUGGAACUAAUGGCACCGUCCAAUUUCACUUUUUAUUUUUUAAUUUUCUGUAUAAAACUACUUGUAUGAUUUUGUACAUGUAAAAUAUUUGAAGUCAAACAACUUAAACAUUAACCCAACACGUAGCUGAUAUGUGAUCAGUGAUCUAACUAAACUCUAAAAUUAGAAAUCCAAGCUGCACAGAUUCUGCACUCUUUCUCUGCCACAGACCUCCAUACCAUUUCUUCUUCUUUCCAUCUCUGCCUGCCACCGGACGAUGACAACUUACGGGACUAUUCCGACAGAACCCCCUCCUUCCUCGAACCUACAUUUUGUUGCACGUGCAAAAGAACAGAUCGAGUCGGGGCUUGGCAAACGUAGGCCAUGGCUGGAGAUGAUUGAGCUGCAAGAUCUCACACUUCCCACCACCUUCAACCAAUCAAUCCAAAGAAUCAAGUCCAACGUGGUGUUCUUUCGUAUGAACUAUGCCAUAAUCAUAUUGUUCAUUCUCUUCCUAAGCCUACUAUGGCAUCCCAUUUCAUUGAUUGUCUUCAUCAUCACGAUGGUUGCAUGGUUGUUUCUGUAUUUCCUGCAUGACCAACCCUUGAUGGUUCUAGGCUACCGGAUCGAUGAACGAUUGGUGACGAUUUCUCUAUUGUUGGUCACAAUCGUCGCACUUUUUCUUACCAGUGCGAAAUAUCAUAUCAUUGUGGGACUCUCCAUUGGCCUUGGGGUUGUGUUGGUUCAUGGAGCUUUAAGGGAGCCUGAGGAUGUCUUCAUUGUGGAUGAAGAAGAAGGGCCUGGUCCUGGAUCAGGUGGUGCACAUGCUUUGAAAGUGCCUCUGAAAAAUGCUGCCUCUUCUUCUUAUUCUUUGCCCCAAUAGUGAUUUUAUCAUCUUGUGAAUUUCUGUUUCUUCACUAUCAAUUCCCUGGAAUCAUUAAAAGUAAGGGCUUCUUUUUACCUUAUGUUUUUGUUUGUAGAAUUGUACUUUCUUUCCUUUUCUUUUAAUUGAUUUUUAUAAAAAAAGGUACUUGUCACUGUUUGCACUAUUUCUUUCCAAUUUUGCAAACGUGUACAGGACUCAAAUUUAUAAAUUCAUAUGUAAAUGGUGUCAUGCAAUUGGACCUGAAACUGCAAAGAAGCAAAAGACAAUUUCAGGUUUCAGGUUCUUCCUCUAUGGGAAUUGAUGAAAAGAGUGCUUCAGUAUGUUCAAGCAGCUCCAACUUUUUCUUCGACAUUGUCAAUUGGUUAACCAAAAAAGUGGACUGAUGGGUAGAUAAGGAUGCAACUUUUGCCUCCAAAGUUAGUGCACGAGAAGGACAAGAAGAUAGGAACAUGGUGUACAUACAUGGACUGGUUUUGUCAAAGUUGCUUUUGGAAUCUGUUUCAUUAUCUUGAAGUAUUCAAUUACAUGUACUCCAGCUUCAUUGUGUAACCUAGAAGGCUAGAACUACAUGUUAGAUAAUAUAUUGAAA